AUGGUAGAGUUCCUGAAGGUGCCUGAAGAGGUUAAGCCCAGAAUCUCCAGAAGCAGGAGCGCUGUCAACAGCAUCCACGCUAUGGAACCUCAAGAAGUCACCCAGUCGUCUCAUCUGAGAGAUGAUCAAAUUAAAGAAAGCAAUGAAGCAACAGCAUGGAUAGUCUUACAGGAUAUGAAGGAAAGAGAGGAGAAAGAAGGUGUCCAGUGCUACCCUGUGUUGGAGGCCAUAGCUGCAGAAGGAGAAGGUGCAGAUGAAGAAGAAUCCAGAGAGGAAACUCCUGCUGGCAAUUCGGCCUCCGUAGAUGGCAGAAGCUAUGAUGAUGUGACCAGCAGCAGUGGCCAGGAUGACGGUCAACUAGAGGAGCCAAUCCCCGGGGGCAUGAAGGGCCGUCGGGUUCUCCCACGUCCACCAGGACAGCUGCCCCGCAACCGCUACAGGUUCACUGAAUUCCAGCUCCAGGAGUUGGAGCGCAUUUUCGAACGCAAUCACUAUCCCAGUGCUGCUGCCCGAAGGGAGCUCGCGAGAUGGAUAGGUGUGACAGAAUCCAGAGUGGAGAACUGGUUUAAGAGUAGGAGAGCCAAAUACCGGAAAUGCCUGAGGAUGUAA